UGACAGGCCAUGCAGGGAUUUGCUCGUUCAUCACCAUUAGCUCCAUUUGAACAAUAAAUGGCAAACUUAAAGUCCAGAUUUCCUUUUUGCGACAAUAUCUACUGAUGAGAAGUCAUAUUUGGAGUUGGCCACCAGGGGGAGGGGGAAUUACAACGGGUAUACAGGAAAUAGAAAAAUAUGGUCGAGUGUAAAGGAAUGGAAUACUGGACAAUAAAGAAGGAAGACGACUGCGUAGAGGAGGGUAAAAAAAAAGAAAGAGAAGGGCGAGAAGAUGAGCGCGGGAUGGAGGUAAACAGAUGACGGGAGGGGGAGGAAGAGGAGGAGGAGGAGGAGCAGAAAGCCGCCACUCGGUCUGUUUCGCCAGCAGGACGCAGCGGCAGCGGCGGCGGCGGGAGCGGCACAAAACGUACGAUGGACUGCAAUCGACCGAACACAAGCGGAUGUUAAGCUCAUGUUGCCCAGACAUGCUGCCAGCCUCGUCGCCAUUAACCUGCUCUUCACCGGGGGACAUUUAAAUUACCAAACAUGAUGAAGACGGAAGCCGCCUCGGCCGCGCCGGACAACGGGGGGGCCUCGGCCGGCAACGGCGCGGGAAGCGGCAGCUCCAACAUGCGCAGCGCCUCACCGCAUCGAAACGCGUACGAGGCGGGCCUGGCGGCGCUGAAGAAAGCCACCGAUCACCUCAACGGAGGCUACGACCCCGCCUCCAAACCGGCGCCCCUACCUCGGCCAAACGGGAGGGGUCGGCGCUACGGGUCAAACGUUCACCGCAUCAAGAACAUGUUCAUGCAGAUGCAGUCGCCGGGGGAUGAGGAAGAUGGUGCCAAAGUGAUUGGAAACGAGCAAGAAGUCAAACUGUCCCUGCCGAGGGCGUCGAGCCUCAACGAGAACGUGGACCACAGUGCCCUCCUCAAACUGGGGGGGACAGUUUCAGAGAGGGUCAAUCGUUUUGACGCCAAAACGGACGGGGAGGGCGCGAGCUCCUCAGGCUUGUCCAAGCUCCAGGAAACCAGGAGGAUGUUUGAACAACGGACACUACAGGAGAAACAAGCUGCUACCAACAGGAUUUUGCUGAAGAAGGAGCGAGCUUCCGGUUUCCAAGACAGCCGCCUGGACGUCGUGGCGCGCUUUAAUGGUUCUACCGAGGCUUUGGACCGCUUAGAUGAGCCCCCCCCUCUUCCCGCUCCCGUUCCGGCCGCCGCGGCUGCUUUUGGGCCCGCUGAGGCCGUCAGCCCCACCGUGAGUCAACUCAGUGCCGUGUUUGAGAAGGCAGAUCUUCAAAACAACGUCUACCUCCCCAACCGUCGGUCAAGACCCGCCCCGGCACCAAAGCCAAAACUUCCAGCCAAAUCAGGGCCUGGUCGGAGCCAGAUGAAAGGCGCCCCUCCAAGUAAGGAGGACGAAGAGGUAACAGCAGGAAGUGUCAACAACGCGGCGGCGGCGGCGGCGGCGGUCGAAGAGACGGAUCCGCUCACCCAGUGCGAAAUCGAUGGCGCGGCGCUCAGCGAGGAGGAGCGAUUCAGACAUUCGGGAGAUCAGCACUCUGACGACACUUGCCCGUCUCAUGCGGAGGCCAAACCCGAGUCGGAAUGCCAGCUCACGUUGACAGAAGACAGGGGCUCGAGUACCGUGGCGGCUGCGUCGGGCGCGGCCGAGCCCCUUAGCGCCGAACAGGAUUGUUGUAGGGGGGACGUUGAGGCCGGGGCCAGGUUGGUUCAAGCGGAUGUCCACGCCUCGCUGGAAAACGGGGAAAAAGAGCCGGCGGCUUUUGAAGUUACAGAAGCCGCCGACUCUGAGACGAGGGCUGACGAAGAGGACGACGACGAGGACGGCUCGAGGAAGGAGGAUUACUCCGAAGGGGAUCUGGUGGAUGUGAGCGCAUACAGCGGCCUCGGCGACGACGACUCCGGGGGGAGCCAGCUGGACGACGAUGAUGACGAUGACGAAGAGGAGGAAGCAUACCAUCCGGAAAGCAGCUGCACUGAAAUCCAGGGUCUUCCUGAGGAGGAGGAGCCUAUAGAAGCCAAUAGAAAGAUUCGAUUCAGCACUGAGCCCAUCAAGGUAUUCACCACCUACUGUAACGAAGAUUAUGAUCGCCGUAAUGAUGACGUGGACCCAAUGGCAGCCUCGGCCGAGUAUGAGCUGGAGAAGAGAGUUGAGAAGCUGGAUCUGUUUCCCGUUGAGCUGGAGAAAGACAGUGACGGUCUGGGAAUCAGUAUCAUAGGAAUGGGUGCAGGAGCGGACAUGGGUCUGGAGAAACUGGGAAUUUUCGUCAAGACAGUCACCGAAGGUGGCGCAGCACAGCGAGAUGGCAGGAUCCAAGUGAACGAUCUGAUCGUUGAGGUUGACGGGACCAGCCUGGUUGGCGUGACUCAGAGCUUUGCCGCCUCGGUCCUACGCAACACAUCAGGCACCGUCAAGUUUGUGAUUGGUCGGGAGAAGCCCGGGGAGCAGAGCGAAGUUGCUCAGCUGAUCCAACAAACUCUGGAACAGGAACGAUGGCAGCGGGAGAUGAUGGAGCAGCGAUACAAGCAGUACAUGGACGAUGAGGAGGAGACGGGUGAAUAUGCGACAGACGAGGACGAAGAGAUGAGUCCCAUGUUUCCAAAUUCCAUCGAGGUUUUCGAUCUGGCAGAGCACCAAGACUCGCUGUCUCCUGUCGAGCUGGACCCUGAGAAGUUGACCCACAAAUUCAAGGAGCUUCAAAUCAAACACGCGGUCACCCAGGCCGAGGUCCAGCUGCUGAAGAGGAAGCUGGCUCACGCAGAGCAGGAAAAGUUGCGUUGGCGAAUGGAGCGCGCCCAGCUGGAACAAAGCAUCCGGGACAGUAAAGGCAGGAUGGAGAAGCUGGAGGCUUAUUGGAUGGAGGCCCAAUCUCUGUGUAAGGCAGUGGAUGAACACCUAAAGGAAACCCAGGCUCAAUACCAAACCUUGGAGAGGAAAUACAGCAAAGCCAAGAGGAUGAUCAAAGAAUAUCAGCAGAAGGAACUCGAGUACCUGAAAAAGGAGGCGUCUCAGCGUCAAGCGGAGGAAGACAGCGAGGCCUCGCACAAAGAAGAGGCGGACAACUUGCAGGAAAAGAUUAGCGACCUGGAGAUCCAAGUGGAUGCUCUGAAGCCCCCCAACCCCUCCUAGAGCACCCGCCCGCCACUCCGCUUCCCCGUCUGUGACGGGAGGACGCGGCGCUCUGCCUUCGCACUGACGGAUCGUCGUUCGGGCGGUGGCGGGGGGGGGAAGCAGACGGAUGCUGACAAAGUGGAACGCAGAAGAGGAGGAGGAGGAGGAGGACAAUAGAGAAAAAGAAACCUCCGCUUUGGAAGUCAUGGCCUAUCACCAAUCCCAGAAUGCACUUUGUGUGACACCCGCAAUCUUCCUUGUGUGUCUUCCUGGCAGCUGCCUCGGCAAUCGACAAGGAAACCAGACUCGGCCUCCCCGCGCUCCAUUUCCAGAUGAUUUAUUUUGUUGCCCCCCCCCCGUCGUGAAAAGCGUCCGACGCGCAGGAUGAGAGCGUCACUAAGUGCUUUUCCAGAGCGACGGGGGACGUCUCUAGCCGAGGACUCCUUCUCGGCUGCGCCCGUGGUUGCGAAUGCCGCCCGCACCGGAAAUACGAGUAGAGCGAAUGUGCCCGCAGAACAAAAGUGACGAGGGUCGAACCCGGAUUCGGCCCCCCGUCGGUUAACAUUGAAGGAAACGUCCAAGAAAUCUGCAAGCGCACUAAACUGAAUUGUCAGUCGAGUUCCCGAAGGAAUCGGGUAAACAUUUGCAUUUACACAAAAAAAAAGGGAGCACCCAUGGGCAAAAUUAUUUUGACAAUUAAGAAAGUAACAAACACACACGGUUGUGAGACUUUUAACACACGUAUUUAUUUCCAGUCAGGCUAUCAAUGCAGUAAACAAAACAGUGAACUAACACAGGAAGCUAAUGUGGCUAAAAGUAUUCCACCAUUCAAAUAUAUUGCAAACAUUUCUCACUGCUAGUUAACGUGGGGGAUAAUCUGUACAACUCAAUGACGUGCGGCGCCUGCCCCGAACAUUGAAACUGAAGAGUAUUUUCAAUUAUUUCUUUCCAACAGGCAAACAGGGUGUGAAUAGUCGAUUAAGUGCUUAGAGAUUUGAGCGUCUGCGUUGGGUGUUUUUUCUCCGUAUGUUUACAGGCACAUCUGUACAUCGCCUCUUGAUUUAGGAUCACAAAUGUGUUCAGACAGUAUCUUCCAUUGGAGAGGGCCAAAUGGACCAGAAACAUAUCGGGAGGUUGACCGCUAGUACAUUUUUUUGAGGCGGAGCCACUUGAAUACAAUCACAGUCGUUUUACAGUCAAUUAAAAACAAAAUGUUCAGACUGGAUCCGUAAUCUCGAGGUAUUGAUAUCGGAUGUUCCCGUUUUCUUUUGUUUUUAUUAAAUAGACAACUUAAAGUGUUUUCCUCUUUAAAAAAACUUUUCUGACUUCAAGUAAAUUAAUUAAAAAAAAAAAUAAUGAAUUUGAAUAAUUAUUGCUGGAGCCUAUCCCAGCUGUCUCCGGGCAGUAGGCGGGGGACACCCUGAAUCGGUUGCCAGCCAAUCGCAGGGCACACAGAGACGAACAACCAUUUGCACUCACACUCACACCUAGGGACAAUUUAGAGCGUCCAAUCAGCCUGCCAUGCAUGUUUUUUGGAAUGUGGGAGGAAACCGGAGCACCCGGAGAAAAGCCACGCAGGCCCGGGGAGAACAUGCAAACUCCACACAGGGAGGCAGGAGCUGGAAUCGAACCCGGUAUCUCUGAUGUACACAUUUUCAAAUGUCGUCUUCUGAGUCACAUCAUAUUGACCUGAUUGUGAUCAUCAAGUGAUUGAUGAUAUUAUUUAGUGAGAUAGAAGUUUGGAUAGCAAAAUAUCCCCUUUUUUGGGGAGUGAGCUUCGGUUUGUAGUGACAGUAUUGUAUAUAUAUAAAAAAAAAAAAAACAGUCAGCCCGUGUUAGCUAUACUAUACCCCAAAGUUCAUCCCGAGUAGUUGCCAAUUCUUCAAAGUGCUUUUAGAUGAUGAUACCGGAGUCAAGAAUUUGCUCCGUCCAUCCGCGUGAGCUGGAGCCUAUCCCAGCUAACUUCGCUCAGUGUUACGUUUUUUUUUCUCAGUGUUUCAAACAAGUCGUCACACAUGGGAAUCAUUUGCAGAACCGUUGUAAGUUCACGUCAGGCGUCCAUUGUUUUCCAAAUGCUCACACUUAAUGCACCGGGUGAACGUAUGUUGCCUAUAACGCUCCGGUUUGAUGGGAUGUGUAGUAUUUAGUUUAUGCCCCAUCCAAUGUUCCGACGGUGGGAUUAGCAGUUGAGGCAUGGCGUCGAAGCUAAUUUUGUCCGGCCCGGAUGGCUUCCUCUCCCCAUCUUUUGUGUUGUGUAUUUGGAAAGCACGUUUAAUUACAACACAAACUCAAUUUCCUGCUAUCUGUUGAGUGGAUGUUUAAAAAAAAAAAGUGUGUUUUUAAAAAAAAAUCUAUCGCUGCACUUCUGCUUCUUGACUGGAUUUGAGGUUGUCGCUCUCUUUAGCAACGGUUGCAGUUGGUUUGCCUUGUUAGCUCCUUUUGCCUUGAACGUUUUUUGCAUAGCUUUAAUGAAUGGGACGCCAUUUUGAGCAUCAGAUUCCAUUUCCUCUUUCUAAACGUGAAGAUACUGCAAAGUUCUUCAUCUUCGCCGAUGAGACAACGGCUCUUGAGGUGGAUAUCAGAGACAUGGAAUCGAUGCUCAACCGCUUUCCAUAUUCACAUACUUUCCCAACCCCCCCCAUGUCUGCUCAGUGUUCGCGAGAAGCUUAAACCAAGGCCCGUUUACAGCCAAAAGCAACACCGGCUUCUCCGCAUCAUUCUCGAGUCGAAUGUUUGCCAUCGAAUCAAAAGUACAGUAUUUCGCUCACCGAAUGUGUGAAGUGCCUUGCUUCAGGGCGAAGGACGACGGUAGUAUCGGGAGUCAAAUUUGGCGGAUAUUACGUGUCAAUACUCAGGGUGGAAGUCAAACUGGAAAAGCCGUCGUGCGAUCGCGACGAACACGGACGGCCGCGCUUUUGCGUCGGUCCAUCGAGCAGAUGCAAAAAUGCUCCAAUGCCGUCAUCGUGAUUCUUUACCCAAAUCCCCCCAAAUGUUUUGUUUCCCUCCGUGCUUGGCUUAGAACAAAGUGACGGGAUUAAGAGAUGUGCCAUAUAGUUUGCGGAACGAAUGCUAGUUACGAGUUGGUGCCAAACGGCGGGACUGGGACGAGCGUUACCUCUGCGCCCGCGUCCGUUCGGGAGCGGACGUCACUAACGGUUGUCGGAACCGAUACCUGUUUUAUCAGCAUUUCAAUAAACAUGUGGAACUACAACA